UCUUUGUUAUGAUGUUCCACGGUGUUUCUUUCGUUUCUUCUUCUGAUCCUGCACAAUGGCAUUAUUCGAUUGAUCAAUUCCCUUCAGGGGUUAGAGCGUGGUUUACAUGGGGGGAUGCAACGAUGUUCGACACUUUUUCCCUUUAAACGGUUUUCAGAUUGGGGAUUUGCAGUCUUAUCUUUCUGAUCUUAGCCUUUUCUUGGCUCCUGAGAGUAAGACAUUUUAUGUAUUGGUGGAUAAUAGGCCAUGGCUGGAAGACCUAGUCUCAGGGCCUGCACACCUGUGGCAGUUGAUGGUUACCAAGUCCAGGAUGUCCCCCUUUGCGAUCACACGAGGGCGGAAGGGAGGUAAAGGGGAUCCAGAGUUCAGUGAGCUCAAUUGCUGUUCCGACGCUUCAAGCCACACCCAAAAGUUGAAAAGAUGGUUGUCAAUGACAACACUUUCAAGAAAACGGGCCUUGCUACCUGUGAAGAAACUCCAAACUUCCUUGCUUGCAAAUAGCCAGUUGCAUAGAAUACUGUAUGGAUUUAUUGUUUUUGAAGUGGUAUGGAAUGAUGUCCGUGGGAUCAAUUAUCUGAAUGAGCUUCAGACUGCUACAUCUCUUGCUAUAGAGGCCAAAUACAUGAGAAGAUGGGAAUUUGAUAGUAUAGCUCAAGCUGCUACAGGCAUAACUUCAUGGUUUCCAGGGACUCCAUAUGAGCGUCUUCUCUUGGAACAGCAUCUCAAUUCUAUGCUAGGAGAAGUAGUUCAUGAUGCUGGUAUGGAUUCUCCAAGCUUCUGCAGUACAAGUGAUGAUGGCACUGAUGUGUUGGCAGAGGAUGAAUCUCUGUGCAGUCCUAGUGGUAGUCUUGGUGAUCUAUCAGAAAAUUUAGAAGAUCAAACAAGUGUAUCACGUACACCUUCUCCCGAUGAGCCCUAUAAGAGAAGAAAAAAUUCUCAAGAUAUUGAUGUUGAUGGUGAUUUAUAUACCGAAACGUCUUACAGUGGAACUGCCAGCUGUCAAAUACCCUCUCCGUGUCCAAGUGAAUGUGAGGGAGCAACUGAAGCAAUCCAGUACAGAGAUGUGCUUCUUUUGUUCCGCUUUAAUGAUCGUGACCUCCCUUUUGCAUUACGAAAGAUAAUUAUGUCUGAUUUGCGAUUACUUACCUUAUUGGAGGCUGGACUUCCAUCUUGGGUAGUUUUCUUUCAGUCUUAUCCGGUAUUUUGCCAUAUCUAUCGGCCAUGGAUGUGCCCUCUAGCAAGAGCUCUAUACGUUGCGAUUUCCUUUGUUACCGUCGUCAUUGGUUUCUAUGAUUUGUACAAAAAUGUCCCUGUUCUUAAGGCAACUGCUUCCCGUAUGUUUGGACCUCUUUUUGACUGGAUAGAAACGUGGGAGAUGAUAUCAAGGAUCAAGUACUUGGGAACUAUGUUGUUUUUGCAUAAUGCUGAGAAGGCUAUCAUGUGGUUCUUGAUGGUGACACGCACUGUUCGAUCACUUUUUUCGGUUCUCACACAGCCGUUGGUUGCACCAUUUCUGGUAGUUAUGGACGCCCUAUUUCCCUUUUGCAACUUCUUUAUCGAGAUGGGGGAGAGUCUAUACUCAUUCAUUUGCAUUCUGCUGGAUACUUCUUGGAACGUAUUGGAGGAUCUAAUUGAGAUUCUACUGCUUCCUGUGUGGUUCAUCUCAUCAGCCAUUUGCACCACUGCUAUUAUGCUUCCUAUAUUCUGGUUCCUUUGGGGAGUAAUUUGUGCUCCGAUUCACCUCCUUAUGGGACUAUCCAACUUUGUGGGAUUUAUAUACAAGUACAUGUAUGAUUUAGUUGGAGCUAUAUGGCUGUUUGUGAGCAGCCUAUUAAAAGUAGCUUCAAAUACUGAGGCAACCGUGCACACUUACGAGGUUUCUAUGUGGCGUGCCCUGUGGAAUGACCUUUUCUCUCAGAUUUUCCGUGCUAUCAAGAGCAUUUUAUAUGGCGUUGUUGCAUUCUUUGCAGCUUGCAAUAGACACCGAUUAAGCAUAUACAACCAUUUACUGGAGUUCAUUCGAAGACCUUAUCGGCCAGCCGAAAUACCCGAGCCCUUGAUUUUUAACAAUAGAGUACAGAAACCUGGAAGUAGGACUCCGCCGCCAGAACCCAAGGAACGAAGGCCAUUGCCGAAUAAAAUCACGAAGCAAAGCUGACAAGAUCUUUCAUGCAUUCUUUAUUGAGAUCGAAUG